GCCACUGCACCUGGACCCCUGGAUGUUACAGACAAGGAUGUUAGAGAUUCCCCCCUCCUCCAGUCCCUGAAAGCAACCCCCACCAUGAAAUCACACACAGCCUGUUGCACAAACUCCAAGGCCUUAUGACACAAUGGAUGCAGGACACAUGCCCACGUCACACAGUCACAGACCCACCAUCUCACACCUACAAACUCCAGCACAUUUGGCCAGGCACGGACACGCCUGUAAUCCCAACACUUUAGGAGGCGGAAGCAGGAGGAUUGCAGUCCAGAAAGUCGAGACCAUCCUGGGCAACAUAGCAAAACCCCUUCUCUCCCCCUCCCAAAAAAAAAAAAAAACAAAACCAGCAUAUUUCACAUGGACUGAGACACACACAGACAUAUGCAGUGGGGGACUGGCUAGGAGUUCCUGGCAGGAUGUCAAUAUCAGGGCCGUAAGGGGGCCUGCCAGAGUCCUCCAUGGUAAUGAUGUGUGGAGUACACCCAGUGGCUGUGGUCAGCCAGGGGAGUGGCAGAGGGGCACUGUUCUCCAGUUGUGGGACUGAGGGUCCCCUUUUCAGCCCUGGUGAAGACUGGGUCCCUGCCCAGAUGUGAAGGCUGGAGGGGGCAGGCCGGGGUCCAGCUGUGGCCACAGGGAGGGGUUGAGUCAGCCGCUUCCCAGCAGUACAACUCAGGCUGGGCCCAGCUGUUCCUGGAAACCAAUAGGAGGGGGUGAGGUCCCCAAUCCAGCUGAUUGCUGCUGGCCCAGACCUGCACACCAGGGCUCUAUGUCCCUACAAAUGGAGGCCUUCAGACCAUCCCCCAAAACGCUGGGGUUCUCUUUACUUAAAACAGGGGUUUGCAUCCUUCUUCCAAAAUGUGGAAGAUUUUCAGCCCUUCUUGCUGAAUUAAAGGUGCCUGGAUCUCCUCACAGUGGGGCUCCCUGUAUUUCAAAACAGGAAUUCCUGCUCUCUUCCCUGCCAACAUAGAAGCUCACUGCUUUUCCCCAGACUUGGGAUUCCCUGACCCCAAAAUAGAGGGUUGUGCUCCUCCAGAAACUGAGCACACCCAGACCUUUCCUUAAAUCUGGGGACUGCUGGCUCCCGGAACAUCUGGGAUGCCCACAACAUCAUGCCAACAUUAGGACAAUUUAAGUCAAUUUCCCUAAAUAUUUGAAUUUCCAGAUUUCCCCUAAACGUCAAAAUCCCUGCGACCUUCGUCCUAAUGUGGUGAUCUCAGCAGGUCCAGCCACCCAUGCUUCUAACAGCUGUGGUUCCUGGCUCACCUCCCACUGCUACCUGGGAACCGGGUGGCCCUGUCUCCCUGUAUUGGCAGCACCCUCUCCUCUGGUGAAUGCGAGAUGGAGCCAACGGCAGCUGUUCCCACGACUGCCGGAAGACAGCCCAGUCCGGAAGCCAGUGCUGCAGGCCCUUGUCCCCUUCCCCCACUAUCCUCCCCAACCGCUCCCAGGGGCUGGAGUCUGGAAAACAACGCGGGAGGAGGUUGUGGGGUUGUGGACGAGCAUCCGAGGCCUGUUACAGACUUUCCACGUUCCAUCUCCCUGUGCCAGCCCACAGGACCUGAGCAGCGGCCUUGCCAUAGCCUAUGCGCUGAACCAGAUGUCAGCAAUCUGAAGACCGUCUUACGGAGCCUGGUAGAGUACUCCCAGGAUGUCCUGGCACAUCCUGUGUCAGAAGAGCACCUCCCAGAUGUGGGCCUCAUUGGCGAGUUCUCAGACCCGGCAGAGCUCGGCAAACUGCUUCAGCUGGUGCUGGGCUGUGCCAUCAGUUGUGAGAAAAAGCAGGAGCAUAUCCAGAGAAUCAUGACGCUGGAAGAAUCGGUUCAGCAUGUGGUGAUGGAAGCCAUCCAGGAGCUCAUGACCAAAGAUACUCCUGACUCCCUGUCACCAGAGACAUAUGGCAACUUUGAUAGCCAGUCCCGUAGGUACUAUUUCCUAAGUGAGGAGGCUGAGGAGGGGGAUGAGCUACAGCAACGCUGUCUGGACCUGGAGCGGCAGCUGAUGCUCCUGUCAGAGGAGAAGCAGAGCCUGGCGCAAGAGAAUGCAGCGCUGCGGGAGCGGGUGGUCCAGCCUGAAGGCGAGGGUACCCCAGGUCUCACUGCCAAGAAGCUGCUGCUGCUGCAGUCACAGCUGGAGCAGUUGCAGGAGGAGAACUUCAGGCUGGAGAGUGGCAGGGAGGAUGAGCGCCUGCGCUGUGCUGAGCUGGAGCGGGAGGUUGCCGAGCUGCAGCACCGGAACCAGGCGCUGACCAGCUUGGCCCAGGAGGCACAGGCCCUCAAGGAUGAGAUGGACGAGCUGCGGCAGUCCUCGGAGCGUGCUGGGCAGCUGGAGGCCACGCUGACCAGUUGCCGGCGCCGCCUGGGCGAGCUGAGGGAGCUGCGGCGGCAGGUGCGGCAGCUGGAGGAACGCAACGCCGGCCACGCCGAGCGCACGCGGCAGCUGGAGGAGGAGCUGCGUCGGGCCGGCUCCCUACGCGCGCAGCUGGAGGCUCAGCGGCGGCAGGUGCAGGAACUGCAGGGCCAGCGGCAGGAGGAAGCCAUGAAGGCUGAGAAAUGGCUAUUUGAAUGCCGUAACCUGGAGGAAAAGUAUGAGUCGGUGACAAAGGAGAAAGAGCGGCUGUUGGCGGAGAGGGACUCCUUACGGGAGGCCAAUGAAGAGCUGCGCUGCGCCCAGCUGCAGCCGCGGGGGAUGACCCAGGCGGACCCCUCAAUGGAUGCCACCUCCCCAGCCGUGGAUAACUUAGCCGCGGAGAUCCUUCCUGCAGAGCUCAGGGAGACGCUCCUGCGGCUUCAGCUGGAGAACAAGCGGCUGUGCCGGCAGGAGGCGGCCGACCGGGAGCGGCAGGAGGAGCUGCAGCGCCACCUGGAGGAGGCCAACCGCGCACGCCACGGGUUGGAGACGCAGCACCGGCUGAACCAGCAGCAGCUAUCCGAGCUGCGGGCCCAGGUGGAGGACCUGCAGAAAUCCCUGCAGGAGCAGGGGGGCAAGACUGAAGACGCCAUCUCCAUCUUGCUGAAAAGGAAGCUGGAGGAGCAUCUGCAGAAGCUUCAUGAGGCAGAUCUGGAGCUGCAGAGGAAGCGGGAGUACAUUGAGGAGCUGGAGCCGCCCACUGACAGCCCCACCCGGCGGAUCGAGGAGCUGCAGCAUAGCCUGCAGAAGAAGGACGCGGACUUGCGGGCCAUGGAGGAGCGAUACCGUCGCUACGUGGACAAGGCCCACAUGGUUAUGCAGACCCUGGAACCGAAGCAGCGGCCAGCUGCCGGGGCACCCCCAGACCUUCACACUCUGAGGACAAAGCUCCGAGAACGGGAUGUCCGCAUCCGGCACCUGGAGAUGGACUUUGAGAAAAGCCGAAGUCAGCGGGAGCAAGAAGAAAAGCUGCUCAUCAGUGCCUGGUGUAACAUGGGCAUGGCCUUGCAGCAGCGAGCCGGGGAAGAGCGGGCACCUGCCCAUGCCCAGUCGUUCCUAGCACAGCAGCGGCUGGCAACCAAUGCUCGCCGUGGACCCCUGGGACGCCUGGCAUCUUUGAGCCUUCGCCCCACCGACAAGCACUGACAGACCUCAUGAUCCAGCCAGCCAGGGCUGCAUCCACCCUGGCUUCCUCCAACUCACGUGGCGCCCAGCAUCAGGCUUCAGCCAGCGGCUUGAGAGCCUUGAGGUCAUGACCUCCACCCUUCGCUCUCCCAGAUUGGUGGGGAGGGAGGGCGGGAGGUAGAUAUAGGACUGUUCAUUUUAGCAAUGUGAUUCUUAUCGUUGAUUCUCUCUGGAGUUCAUGUGCUGCCUAGGGAGAGUCUGAUUUUAUAUUUGAGAAAAAUAAAGACUUUCAAUCUUUG